CACUGAUCCCCGCGCCUCCGCCAUGGCCUCCGCCAGCGACAGCGUCUCCUACAGCCUCCAAGACAGCAUCGCUGAGCUGCUGAAGCCUCAGAGGGUUCUGUUCAUGAGGCAGGUCCAGCUGAACCAGUCCAAGACCCGCGCCGACAGCAGGCUGCUGGUUAUGACUCUAUGGAGAGCCUAUAUGAUUCACUGCAAGCAGCCGAUCAAGGUGGAAAGUUCCUUCAGCUAUUUAGAGAUCUAUGCCAUCAUCAUCGGCAACCUUAACCAGGUGGUGAUUGAGACGGACAGACAGAGUUACUCUCUCAGCCUGAUGUCUGUGGAGGACCUGGAGGCUGUGGUCAGCCAUGUGACUGCUUCUCUCAAGAAGAUCUUUCCCGAUUCCUCCCCAGGGAAGCUGCUGAAGAAGAUUCCGCCGGACCUGCAGGAGCGGCUGCAGAACCUGGCAGCCAGCGUGGAGGAGCGUCUCAACGGUACCCAGGGGCCCUGCGGAGGUUUCUCGGAGACGUACGCAGCGCUGUGUGACUUUAAUGAGUUCCCCUGCCGAGAGGAGAUCCAGUGGGAUGUGGAUAAUAUUUACCACAUUCAGAGCUGCCGGGAAUUUCACCUGCUGGACUUCAGCCACCUGGACAGCAGAGAUGUGGCACUGGCAGUGGCUGCUCUGUCCUUUAACCAGUGGUUCACUAAAAUCAGCAGCAAGGACUUCAGAGUGAGCCCGGAGGUGCAGGAGCAGGUGCUCUACAUGGUUAACCGGUCCCCCAAACUGGAGGAGGUGUGUCUGGAAGGCAGUGGGCUCAAAGCAGACUUUGCUGUGAGGAUGGCGUGUGCCCUCCGAGACCACACCUGCUCUGUCCUCCACACCAUCAACCUCUCAGCCAAUCAGAUCGAGGAUAAAGGUGUCAUUGCUCUCAGCCAGCAGCUAGAGAAACUGCCCAGUGGGCUCAGUCAGCUCUCCCUCUCCAAAAUAUCCCUCUCUCCUAGAGGCAUCUGCAGUCUGGCCCAGGCCUUCUCCCUGAACGAGUCCUUCUCCAGCUCCCUGCGUCACCUGGACCUGUCAGGUAACGCUGGCAGUCUGGCCACUGAGGAGGCAACGAACCUGUUUAAGUUCCUGUCCAGUGGAAAUGCUGUGUCCUAUCUGGACCUGAGUGGCACAGACUGCCCCUUGGACACUCUGUUUGUCUCGCUAUCAGCAGGAUGCUGCUCCAAACUGUCCUACCUCAACCUGUCCAGGAACACCUUUUCUCACAGGAAGGUGAGGGAGGUGACGCGCAGUGUAAAGGACUUCUUCAGUAAGAGCGCUGAGCUCAAGUACGUGGGGCUCUCUGGGACCAAGCUGCCCCCUGCGGCUCUCAGGUUGCUGCUUCAGGGUCUGGCAACAAACACUCGUCUGUCUGGACUGGAGCUGGACCUCAGCAGCUGUGAGCUCAGGUCAGCAGGAGCGCAGGUCAUUCAGGAGCACAUCUUCGAAGCCAAGGCCAUCAGCAGCCUGGACCUGUCAGACAACGGUUUGGAGAGUGACAUGGUCACCCUGGUACUUUCCAUUGGACGCAGUCAUUCCAUCCGACACCUGGCGCUGGGACGCAACUUUGCCAUGAAGUCCAGGGCUCUGACUGAUGUUCUGCAUCGCAUUGUCCAGCUCAUUCAGGAGGAAGAGUGUCCUUUGGAGUCCCUGUCUGUGAGUGACUCCAAGCUGAAGACGGGCACCACCAUCCUCAUCAACAGCUUGGGUAGCAACGCCAGCCUCACCAAGAUCGACAUCAGCGGCAACCUCAUUGGAGACACGGGUGCCAAAAUGCUGGCCAAGGCCCUGCUCAUCAACACCAAGCUCAGGACGUUGGUGUGGGAUAAGAACAAUGUGACAGCCAGUGGCUUCCUGGAUGUGGCCAGUGCUCUGGAGAAGAACUCUACUCUUCAGCACAUGUCCAUCCCUAUGAGUGAUGUGGCACAGGCGUACCGCAGCAGCCCAGAGAAGACCGAGGAGGCCCUUCAGAGGAUCCAGGCAUGCCUGGUGAGGAACAGCCAGUGUCAGGCAGGUGUGUCCGACCAGGUCCUACGCCUCCAGCAGGGCAUGAGGACCAGCCGCUCUGAGCAGCUGGUGCAGCGUCUCUGUCUGAAGGUACAGGAGAGCAUCAGGCCGCUGACCACCUGCAACGUACAGGAAGUGCAGAACGACAUCCUGUCUGCAGAGGAAGUGCUGCGCAAUGCCAGGGCGGCCGUCAGUCUUCUGCCGACUCUGUACGAUCUGGGCAGGGCGCCCUCUAGUGGCGAUGUGCUCCAGCACAUCCUGAAUGACGCCGCCAGGGUUGUGACCAAUGAAAUCACAGAGGAGAUCCAGGAGCUGGUGCAGACCAUGCUGCAGUCUGCGCAGACCGUCUGUCCCCGGGUCGUCCAGAGGUCAAGUGUCAGCGAGCAGCUGGCGGACUGCGUGGCCAAGAAGUCCAGACAGGCGGCCCACUUUGUGCAGGGGGCUCUGCUGCAACAGGCGGGGGAGCACAUCCGGAACAAACUGAGUGAGCUGAAACUGUCGGUCAGUGUCUGCCUGGCUGAGAGCAUCGUCGAUCACAUUCUACAGGACCUGUCUGUGUCUCAGCAGAAACUGGACAGACAUGUGAAAGACCACACCCAACCCCCGCCAGGCUCCUCCUCUGGGCCCAGAACCAACAUCCCGCAGCUGAGAGUGGUGGAGGUGGAAUUCCCUACGGACGAGUACGUUCCUGUUAUCUGGCGAAGCAGUUUCCACUCCAGGAGCAUCCGCCCUGCACCGUCCGUGAAGAGUCUCCUGGAUGUAGAUGCAGACCUUCAGCAGGCGAGUGAAAACAGGCAGCAGCAGGAAGUGGGCGGGGACUCGGCUCUGGGGGCAGGGAGGCGGGGCACGUGGUCCUCGCCGGCGCUGUCAGUCACGGCGGCCCAGCUGAAGCCCAGCCCCUCCCACCCGUCGGAGGAGGAUGCUGCUGCUCUUAGCAACAGUCAGCCCUGGCGCUCGGAGCCCGCAUCUCCUCAGCCCCCUAUGGACCUGCCUAUCGAAGGACAGAGGCUGAAGCACUACACCCACACCAGACCCAGGCCCAACCGCAGGAACAGGCAGCCGCCCAGCAAGCCGCAGGAGCAGGCCGCUGAGAACGAGAAUGAGGCGAAUGAGACCAUGGGGCGAGUGGAUGAAGGAGUAGAGGAGUUCUUCACCAAGAAGAUCAUCCCUGACAACCCCCUAAAGAGCCAGAGGGAGGAGCCCCCAGUAAAAGCACAGGCCGUUGAGCCAGCCAGCUCAGCGCCCUCUACUGGCCCCUCCAAAAACAUCAAGAAGAAAUUUGGGGACUUCUUCGCUUUCAAGAAGGUCCGGGCAGCACGGGGGUCAAAGGGCGAGGGGGGGCCAGAGGGGAAGAUCAAAAAGACUUCAAUCGCAGACCUGAUACGACCCCUGAGGGAGGCGAAGGAGCGGGAGAAAGAACGAGAGCGGGAGAGAGAGAGGGAAAGGGAGAGGGAGCGAGAGCGGGAGAGGGCAGAGGAGGAGAGCGCCGCCAGGGCAGUCACGGUCACAGCGGUGCCGGCAGCAGCAGACACAGCGCCCCCUGCUGCUCCGGCCCCCGCCCCGACCCCCACCCCUGCACCAGCCCCCGCCCCUGCCGUCACACCCGUGUCCCCCGCCGCAACCACCCCGCCCCCAGUGGUCACCACGCCCACGCCGGCCGUGCCCGGCCCCGCCCCCAGUCCCCCCCCCGCCCCCCCGCCUGUCGCUGAGCGAGAGAAGAGCCGCACGCCGGAUGGGGAGAGGAAGCUGGCCUCCCGACGCUCCCUUAGAGAGGGCAAGUCCCAGUCUCUCAUCCUCCUGACCGGCCUGGAGCCCGACGACGCCACCAGCCGCAGCAAGAAACACUUGAGUGAGAAGGGCUCGACCAAUGAGGGCCCCUCCAGCUUUGAGCAGCGUCUCCAUGUGAUGCUGCACCGCAUGGGCGUCACCAAGACCCUGCCGCCGGACACCAGGAGGGGCCAGAACAAGGAGGGAGAGCUACGAAAAGCCGACUCAGAAGGGACGAUCAUUGACAGUAAACCUGAACCCCCACCCACCUUCAUGAAACCCCGCACCAUGUCCACCUCAUCAGACAUGAGGAGGCCAAUCAGACCAGGAAUGACCGCACUGGAGUCUCUCAGAGCUGUUGAGUCAGCUGAAAGACCGGUACCCCCGGAACGCCCUGGCCCCCUCCCCCCAAAACCCCCGAUUAGGCCCCCCCUCUCCACCCCCGAGUCCCCCGCAGCGCCCCCGAGAACAGCACCCGCCCCCCCCAGCCAGCCCAGCCCAUCUCAUGAGGGCAAACCCGUGGAGGCCGAGCCCCCUCCACUGCAGCCGCGGGACCCCCCCAUCCCAUCCCCCCGAAAGGAGACACCCCCUGCCCCGUCUCCACGGCGAGGAGUCAAACUGGGAGACAGCAGAGAGCGGUCAGAAAGAGCACAGUCAGUCACUGAAGAAACCCUCCCAAAACCGCGCCCCCGCAUGAAGUCCUCGCCCCAACGGCGUGCUGUGUCCGUUCACGAGGAAUCGCUCCGAGAGCACACCGCGCUGGACCCCAAGGAGCUGAUGGCAGCGUUGCCACGGCUACAGAGGUCCCCGGUGCGGAAACGGCCCAACCUGGGAGACCUUCCGCCCUGCAGCGAGGACCAGCCUGAGGGAGAGGGGGCAGGUGAGACGAAGAAUGGUACGAGCCAGAACAGCGAAGAGCCAGCCAGCAGUCCAGCCUCAGAGAAGUGGGCGGGGCAAAGCCCGGAGGGUGGCGGAGAGGGAGAUACCACGGAGGAGGGGGGUGAGACGGUCUCACGGCAGCAGGUGCCGCAGGGAGCAGAACCAUCAGACCAAAGAACUGAACCCCCCCUCCCUCCAAAACACAUGAACUGACCAGGAGCAGAGUCUAUUUUCUACAGUGUCCCUUUGCAUUGCACGCCAGACUAUGUACAAACAAAAAAAAAAAUAAUAAUGAACAAAACCGAAAAAAA